AGACAGACAUCGUUACACGACGGAUGGAGAGCGACCUCUUUCCGUCCCAUCUACGCGUUUGGCGAUUUUCUACAUAUCCUUGAAUCGCCGAUUUAUGCAGGAAGACGGAAACCCAGUUCUUUUUGGACGAUUCGAUGCCAUUACCUCUUUCAGCUCUCUUUUCUCUGCGUCUCUUUGGAAAUCGAUCCCACUCAUUCCUCUCUCUCCCUCUCCCUCUCUACUCCUCUCUCUCUCUCAUCGGGAAAAUCGCAUCUUAAAAGCUUCUGUGUCUUUCAUUCAUCUCUCUCUCUCUCUCUCUGCAGAUUGCAACGGUUUUCUGAUUUUCCUGAGUUUCGAUUUCUCUUCUGUUUUAGAAUGCUUUAAAAUGCUGGAAUAUCAUCUUUCAAAUUGCAGCAUUCGAUGAAGUAAACAGGGACUCUCUCUCUCUCUCCCCCCCCCCCCCCCCAGGCUUUUCAGAGUUGCAUUUGAGAGUAAUGGCGGAUUUGUGGGGGUUCUUUGCUUCCAGCUGUUUCAGACGCCAUUUUUUUCAGAAAAAUUGAAUCUUUUUGAGAGAUUUAUCUGUUUGAAGUUUUUUUUUUUUUUUUUAAUGGCGGAUGGUGGGAAAGUUCGAGUAGUUCGUUGCCCUAAGUGCGAGAAGCUUCUUCCAGAGCCCCCAAAUACUCCUGUCUAUCGAUGCGGUGGAUGCAAUGCUACUCUUCUAGCGAAAAACCAAUUAUAUGUAAGAUCAGAUGUUUCCUCGGAAAAAUCUGAUGAAGAAAAGGUUAGAGUCAGCGAGAAUUCUGAGAAAUUUUCUGAAAAAAGGGGAAUUGGUUCGAAUGAAAUGUCGGAGACGGAUCAAGAGAGUGAUGGGGUUGAAUUCAGGCGAAAAGAUAGGGUCUUGCCAGAAAGAACUGCUGAUGCACAUAGCAGUUCAUCAUCUAUAAGUGAAAAUAAGGAGUUUCUAAAUGAUUCCAAUGGUAUCGGUGGUCUCGAAUCCAAACCUUCUAGUUAUGAUCGAGGUAGAUAUCGGCGUCCCUCCAAAGCUCCCAUGGAGAACUGGGCCAUCCGGGGCGAUCUCGGAUUGAAUUCGGAUGGAUUGAUGGCAAAAUACGCAGAAGAGAAUGUAGUCCCCAAAGCCCAGAUUGAAGAUACAACUGGGUUUCGGAGAUUUCGCCAGAUUGAAGAUACAACCGGGGUGCCUUGGAGAAUGCCUAGAGCUGUUGCAGAAGGUGUGAGGUUUUCUCCCUAUUCUGAUGAAGGUGCGUCAAACUACCACCUCGAUUCUGCCUACCGGUACGGCGAUCAGAUCAAGAAUCAGAGCCACCUGGAUGGGUCAGAUAAGGUCAAGUCUCUUGAGCAAGACCGAGCAGAGAUUCUGAGACAGCUCGAUGAGCUGAGGGAUCGGCUUACUCGAUCAUCUGAUGCAUCAGACCAACCGAAGGAACGGUUUCUUCCUAGUAAUAGAAGGAUAGUUCCUCCAAAUCCUUAUAAUGGUUCUGAUACGUGGUCUAUGGAAGGUUCGUCCCAGGCAAGUAGGGGUAACCAUAUCCGGAGACUGCCACGCUUCAACCAUGAUCCUGUUCCUUUGAUGAAUCAAAGCGAUCUGCAUGUACAGAAAUUCUAUUCUCAGAUGCAUGCCCCGAAUGAGAUUCUGGGAUAUGGGCAGCCGCUUGGGCCUCGAAUGCCCAGAAGAGAUUUCCACCAAGCCUAUCACUACCCACAUAGACCAGUGAACGAUUACCUUGCUGGACAAUAUAUGGACAUUGGCCCCGAUCCCACCAUUCCAUACCCUCAGAAUGCCUUUUAUGACGAACCCCCUUGCUCAUGUUUGCAUUGCUACAACAGACAGUGGCCAGUGGCUGCACAGGUUCCUCCUGCUAUUUUGCGCAAUCAGCGGUUACCAAAUGCUGCAAACAGUGACAUGUUGUAUCAUCUUGAUGGCCAUGGUCCACCUGGUCUGGGGGAUUAUGAUCUUCGAGGUGCCAAUGCUCAGCUUUGUUCCCGUGAACCACAGCCCGGUGCAAGAAUGCCAAUUAAUCUCGAGUCGGAUAUGGGUGGUUUUAGGAGGCCACACCUUGAUGGUCAUGGUCGACCCGGUUUGGGGGAUUAUAACCUUCGAGGUGCCAAUGCAUGUCUCUAUUCCCGGGAACCGCAGCCCCAUGCAAGAAUGCCGAGUGAUCUCGUGUCGGGAAUGGGUGGUUUUAAGAGGCCACAUCCACAGCGGACUGUGAUCACAGAGGGAAAGGAGCGUAGUUGCCAACCAUUGGCCGGUGGUGCUCCUUUUGUCACAUGCUGUAAUUGCUUCGAAUUGCUGCAACUUCCUAAAAAACUUUUGUCAAUAGAUAAGAAUCAGGGUAAGCUGCGUUGUGGGACAUGCUCUAAGGUGAUUUCAUAUAAUCUUGAAGGAAAAAGGCUUAUUUUUUCCAUGCCUUCACCAACCCAGACCCUACCCGUGGAUAACAAUAAGCCUUCCCUAACCCAACGUCUAGAAGUGGAGGCCAAUACUUUUUCUCGUGAUAUGAUGAAAGAAGGUUUAAGCUCAGAUGGGAAAAAUGCUGAAAGGAUGAUAGAUUGUUCUUCUGAUAACUCGAGUAAUAUCAUCCAAUCUUCAGGCACCAAGGCUGUUUUGUCUCCUCCUUUCUCUUUGGUUGGUGAUGGUGCAACAGGAAUGGACCGCUUGCUGAAGUUGGGCAAGUCUGAAAAAAUGCAAGAGCUUUCUUCGUCAUCCAGUUCCUCAGAGCAUGAGGAAAGCCCUGACAGCAUGGUUACUCCAAGAGAUGUGCCCAACUCCGCAGAGCUACCAUUGAAGGUGGAGAAGGCUUCAUCAGUUCCAGGAUCUCCUCUUCGGGAGCCUUUUGAAUACUCUCCUACAAAUCCAUUAGUGAGCAGGUCGGGGAAGGGAAGCAGGAGCCAACGCUCUGAUAAGGAGAAGAUAUUUCCUAAAAAGGCCAUUUCCAGACAGAGCACUGUUAAAGAUGCAUCUGCAGCAACUGAGACAGACUGUUCAUUCAAUGAGUUCACAAAUUCUGGUAUAUCUCAAGAUUCUGAAGAGGUUAGCAAGGAAGAAGUUCGGCCUUGGUUCAGCAAGGGUGGUGAAUCAUUUUUUGCUGGGCUCAUCAAGAAGAGCUUCAGAGAUUUUGGAAGACCUAAUCAAGCAUUGGAGAGUGGAAAACCCUGUGUCUCAGUUAAUGGUCAACCUAUACCAGAUCAUUUGGUUAAGAAGGCUGAAAAGCAAGCAGGACCAAUCCAACCUGGGCAGUAUUGGUAUGAUCGCUGUGCUGGAUUCUGGGGUGUUAUGGGCUGGCCCUGUAUUGGCAUAAUUCCUCCAUUUAUUGAGGAAUUUGAUCACCCUAUUCCCAAGAACUGUGCUGGUGGAAACACUGGUGUUUUCGUAAAUGGAAGAGAGCUUCAUCAGAAAGAUUUGGAUUUACUUUCUAGCAGGGGACUCCCAACCUCCAGAAAUAAAUCUUACGUCGUUGAGAUUUCUGGGAGGGUUUUUGAUGAGGCCACCGGUGACGAGCUAGAGAGUCUUGGCAAACUUGCCCCAACGGUACAAAAGGUGAAGCAUGGGUUCGGCAUGAGGGUUCCAAGAUCGAUGCAAUAGAUGAAUAUCUUUAUGGGUGACAUAGAUGCCAUUUAAAACAUCUCCUAAGGCUUCAACUUUAACAGAACACAGGACGACUCCUAGCUGCAAAUUCUCUAAGAUGGAAGAGGAUACUUCUUCGAAUCUUCUCUGAGAGGUACUCUCAUUGCUGUAAAAUCUCUUCAAGGGAUCUCUGAAAAAUGCAAGGUUGUCUCAAUCCUCGUAAGCUUUUCUCCUAUGUAGUUUUGCACUGGAUUUAUUGAAGUAAUUUCAGUGUGAGAACGCAAGGCCGAAAACCAUUUGCUGCUUCGGGUGGGAUUCGGAAUACUUGCAUCUCUGUCUGUAACUAUGUAAAGUUUCCUCGGUUAUAUGUAUCGCCAUUAUUUGUGUAUUCUGCAGAAACGCCUGCUUGGAGACAAGCCAGGAAAUGAUCAGUGGUGUCCAUAUGGUUCAUCUAAAUGAUGAACGUGAUUUUACAAAAUUCAUCAUAUGAUGGGUAGUGAUAUCUUCUUGAGUA